AUGGCACCCCUGCAGGGGGGCUCCUGGUUGAGCGCUGAGAAUGUGGCUGGGGGGCAUGUGCCUCGAGGGAGAGGCCAAUCCCCGGGCAAACCGCCCCAGCAGGUGUGGGGCGACGGGCUCCGUCCCGCGGCAGGCAAAGCCCAGCGGGGCUCCCUCCGGCGGGCCCGUGGCGGGCUGGCGCGGCUCCCCCCCAGCGCAGGGGGAGCGCGACUCUGGGCCCCGGCCGAGGAGGAGGAGGAGGAGGAGCUGGCCUCUUUCUCUGGCCCCCCGCUCCGAUCUGCUGCUUGCCAGCUGCAAUGGGCGGCAGGAGUUGCCGCCGGCUUUCAGAGCUCCAAAACAGAAAAGGAACCCCCCUCCCCCCUUCCCCCCGGCUGGAUCCGAAUCCCCGGGGCGAGGCGGGCGCCGCUUCUCCCUCCCGCGGACGGGACCCCCUCCUCCUUCUCCUCCUCCUCCCCCGGGGGGGCGCGCGCUGCAAGGCGGGCGGGCGAGCGCGCCCCUGAGCACGUGCAGAGGGCCGGGCGCGUCGUGCCCUCGGUCGGCAGCCAGGGGUCAGGGCAGGCCCGCGGGGCGUGGGCGGCGGUGCCCGCAGUCAAGAUGGAGGCGGGCCGGGGGCCGGCGGGGGGGGGGCGAGGGGGCGGCCCGCCGGCGCGACGUCAGGCGGCGGAGGGUGGUUUGCCCGCCCGCCCGCCCGUCCAGCCCCGCUCCGCCGCCGCCGCCAAGUGCCCGGCGGGCGAUGCCGCUCCGACGCCGCCGCCGCCGCCCGGCCAGCAGCCCCCCCGAUAUUUGAGCCGCAAGGACCCCAGCGGCGAGACUCCCUGA